AUGACUCCAGUGAACCAGCCAACGGACAAGGAGCACGAGAGGGCACAUCACCAUUGGCCGGAAGGGACAAAAUCAGCUGGGAAGAGGAAACCAGACUAUGAGGAACUUGGGAAUGAGACACAAGCAAAGAGGUUGUUUGUGAGAAAAACAUCUAAACCCCCAGGGAAAAUCGGUUGGAGCAGAGGUGGGUCUGUGGUGAGAAAUAACAGAGUCCUUUUCCAUCAGCUGGAGCGGCAGUGCAGCAUUGUUCAUUAUGUCUACCAGAACAUGCUGGGAGGUUCCAUUCGGGCACAGCUCAGGCAGUGUCUGCAGCUGCCUUUUCUGCGUUCUCUUGCCUCAUAUCGCCUCUUUCGAACUGCAAGUCCCUUUGACAGGAGAGUGACGUGCCUGGAAUGGCAUCCAACACACCCCAGUACAGUAGCUGUUGGUUCCAAAGGUGGAGACAUUAUCCUUUGGGACUAUGAAGUACUUACUAAAACCUGCUUCAUCAAGGGGAUGGGAGCUGGAGGGGCCAUCACAGGAAUGAAGUUUAACCCUUUUAACCCUAGUCAGCUGUACACUUCGUCAGUUGCCGGCACUACCACCCUGCAGGAUUUUAAUGGCAAUACUGUCCGGGUCUUCACCAGCACCGAGGACUGGGAUUGUUGGUACUGCAGUGUGGAUGUUUCUGCAAGCUGCCGUGCAGUGGCAACAGGUGAUAAUGUGGGCAACGUGGUCCUGCUCAGCACUUCUGGUGAAGAGAUUUGGAAGAUGAAAUUGCACAGGAAGAAAGUGACUCAUGUGGAGUUUAACUCUCGAUGUGAGUGGCUGUUGGCCACAGCAUCUGUGGAUCAGACAGUCAAAAUCUGGGACCUCAGAAACAUCAAAAACAAAAUGAACUUUCUUUAUUUCCUUCCUCAUGAGAAACCUGUCAAUGCAGCUUACUUCAGCCCAACAGAUGGUGCCAAGCUCCUGACCACGGACCAGCGCAGUGAAAUCAGAGUUUACUCAUCUUCAGACUGGACCAAGCCCCAGCAUCUGAUUCCACAUCCACACAGGCAGUUUCAGCACCUCACACCUAUUAAGGCAUCAUGGCAUCCUCGCUACGACCUCAUUGUCGUGGGUCGCUACCCAGACCCUAAGUUCCCAGGGUACACCGUGAAUGAGCUACGAACUGUUGAUGUGUUUGAUGGGAACACUGGGGAGAUGGUUUGUCAGCUCCAUGAUCCAAAUGCUUCUGGUAUCAUCUCGCUCAAUAAAUUUAACCCUAUGGGAGACACACUGGCUUCUGGCAUGG